AUGGCCGCUGCAGUGUUUCGGUCGACGCUGCGUUGCUGGCGAACCGGCGUCCAGCCGGGCCACGCGCUGCGGCUGCUGAGCCAGACCCAAGGGCCUUCGGACCACCCCAGCUUUGUGGAGUCUGUGGAUGAGUACCAGUUUGUAGAGCGCCUGUUACCCCCCACCAGGAUUCCAAAUCCCCCAAAGCAUGAACAUUAUCCUACCCCUAGUGGCUGGCAGCCUCCCAGAGACCCCCCGCCCAACCUGCCCUACUUUGUGCGGCGUUCUCGGAUGCACAACAUUCCCGUCUACACGGACAUCACACACGGCAACCGUCAGAUGACUCUGAUCCGGAAGGUGGAAGGGGACAUCUGGGCCCUGAAGAAGGAUGUGGAAGACUUUCUGAGCCCGCUGCUGGGGAAGACACCUGUCACCCAGGUCAAUGAAGUGACAGGUACCCUGCGGAUCAAGGGCUACUUUGACCAGCAGCUCAAAGCCUGGCUUUUGGAGAAGGGCUUCUGAGAGCCCGCUGAGCCGUCUGCGUGAUAGAUGCCCCUAGAGUGGAGUCCAGGGGCUCUCAGGGAGAGGGAGGUGGGUGUUGGAACCCUCAGCACAGGGGAUAGAGACCAGGGCAAAGGGCUCGGGUGGGGCAGAGUGUGAGGGCCUAGGGACUUUGGGGUCAGGACUGGCCGACAUUGAAGGCACAAACGGGCCCCUGUGCCCAGGUGUUUGUCCUGGGGGAGAGCUGACACUGGAGACCAGCCUAGAGCAGCCAAGCUAGUGGCAUCAGCCUCUGUCCUCCCCCCACCCUCCAGCCUGCUCCUGCUUCUUCGUCAGUGCUUAGCCAUCUGGUGGAAGCAGUAGCCCAGCUAGUUUAGGGAUCGGCAGGGCAGGCCUCCUGGACACAUUCCUUCCCUACCCUCCGGAGUUCACUGCUGCGGACACACCCAUACCCUUGCUCUAGGCUGGACCUGGCUCGGUGGAGGCUGUGGAGUGCGCUGAUGGCUCAGGUGUGGGUCCUGGAGGUCUUAAGCUCCAAGUGCUGUGCAGGCACAGAGCACACGUUAACCUCCGGGCUCUGUCUACCUGUUGGAGAGGUAGGGGUUCCCUUCCAGGUCCCUGUUCACACCACAGGGGAGUACCUGGGAGUUCCUCCCAGCCUGCUGACCUGAAUCAAGACAGCACAGGGCCCUGCAGGCAGGAGGAUGCUGACCUUUCGCCUGCCAUCCUGUCCUACCUCCAGCCAGCAGGCACAAUACUUGCCCUAUCGGUGGGCUCCCAGGGGCUGAAGGCCUGAGUUCCCACCCACCCCAGCAUAAAACUAAAACAGCUGUCAGAUCCUGGCUCCCCCACUUGGCCUCUGACCUAAGGGUACCGAAUUUCUCUGGGCUGUUUCUCCAUACGUAAAACGGGAUACCUUCUUAGUUGGUUAAUAGGCGACAGUGUCCCCAGGAAUGCUUUCACAAAAACAAACCCUCACCCUUAGAGAUUCCAGUCACUCAAGUUUACAGCUCAGCGAGGAAAAGGAACCAGACACACUGAGCUGUGACACAAGCCCCACCAGUCGUUAAUGCAAGUUUUUAUUUGGCCGUAUAUACAAUUUAAGCUAUUAAAAUUUGUACAGUAUUUACAAAUUAAAUAAUCAUCUGAAACUGU